UUUAAGAUGUAUCCAUGGGGUAGGGAGUCCUAUAACACCAUGAUUGACAACUUCAAAAGUAUCAUGAAAGAGCAGCCCACCAGGUUCAGGCAAAGCAAGGCCACAACUGCUAAGUUUACUCUAUAUGGAUGUCCUUUUAUACUACAGGUUUGGGCGUAUGAAAACGUGCCUAACCUAGGAGAACACUGUGCUGAACGUAUUGGUAAUGAAGAAAUUCCUAUGCUAAACUGGAAGGCCGAUGGAUUCUUUCACGCACGCAAGUUGAAUGAAUUGGUGUUCAAGGACAAUGAUGAUGAGGAACAUGAUUCUGAGAAUGAUAACGAGGAUGAAGAAGUUCGGGACAAGGGUUUCAAAGACAAAGUCAUGGAUGAGAUGCAAGCACUCCGGGAGCAUGUGGCUGCUUUGGAAAGCAGGUUGAAGUUGAUGGAAGAGAGAUUCAGUGCACAGGGUAGCGUGACAGAGAAGGCGACUGAGAUUGGUUCUAAGAAUAAGGUCAUGGAAAUGGAAGUUGAUGAUGAUGAGGUUGAAGAUAAAGACCAAGUUGAAGAAGAUGUUGAAAACGAGCCAACACACGUUGAAGAA